AUGUUUGGCUACCAAGCCAUACAUGAGACGAACGUACUUGAAAAGCAGCUAACAAAGAAUCUUAAGGCUUUUUACUACAACACAAAGCUGUAUGCUUACUACCAAGGCUGCUCCGAGGGUGGUCGCGAGGGUUGGAGUCAAAUACAAGGCUUUGAAGAGCUAGAUGGUGCAAGUGUGAGUGCUCCUGCGUUCAGGUAUGCGCACCAACAGACCCAACAUCUGUAUAGCAACGUUGUGGAGAAGACGCUAAGAUAUUUUCCAUCGCCGUGUAAACUAGAUGCUAUCGCAAACGCCAUAAUCAAGUUCUGCGACCCACUGGACAGAAAGACCGACGGGGUCGUCGCGCGUUCGGACCUAUGCAAACUGCACUUCAACAUCAACUCGACUAUCGGACUUCCCUACUACUGUCCCGCGAAGUCUGGUGGGAGAAACCCAUUUGGUCCAGGUGGUGGCGCGUCAACGCCCGUCCAAAACGGCACAGUCUCAGGCCAGGCUGCAGCAGUCGCCCAGACUGUCAUUGAUGGCCUCCACGACACUCGAGGCCGACAAGCCUACUUCUCCUACCAACCUGCUGCCACUUUCGAAGAUGCGCAGACCAAGUACAACAGCACAACUCAGGAGUGGGAACUCAACAUUAGCGGCUUAGGCGGUGAAUUCGUAACCCGCUAUCUCUGGCUCCAAAAUACCUCAACCCUCGCGUCGCUCGAGGGUAUAACAUAUGACACACUCAAAGAAGAGAUGUACAAUCUCUGGCAGACCUACGAAGACAGUUUCCAGACGACGUGGCCUGACCUGAGCCGCUUCGAAGCCAGCGGCGGCAAAAUCCUGCACGUCCAUGGCGAGAGCGAUAAUUCAAUUCCACCGGCGAGCAGCGUACGGUACUGGGAGUCUGUGCGAUCAAUCAUGUAUCCGAGACCAAGCUACAACGAGUCCACUACCAAACUGCAGGACUUCUACCGCUUCUUCUUAGUGCCCGGAGCGGCUCAUUGCAGCGCGAACGGGUACCAGCCAAACGGCGAGUGGCCACAGACCGUCAUGAGGCCGUUGGUUGACUGUGUUGAGAAUGAAAAGGCGCCGGACAUGCUGGACGCCACAGUGCUGUUGGGUGCUAACAAGGGAUAA